AUGGACAACAUCUUGGCAAAUGUUCCCAGCCAACUUUUGAAUAAUCCAGGUUUGGAUAACUUGCUCACAAGAAUAAAAGAAGAGAUUGAACAUGAUUACCACUCCAGCCUCAGGAAAAAUAUUGGUAAGAUUUAAUAGUUAACUAAGUAAUAGUUAUAAUAGAAUUACUAUAGUAUUUGACUUAUCUAAUUGCGAACAGGAAGUGGAACAUUUUAGUGCACCAAUCCCAUGAUUCUUUAGUCAAAGAAACUUAGUAAAUGAAAUGGAAGUCUCAAGUCACAUUCCAUCAAGUUUUCUUAUGUAUAAUUUUAAAGUACAACUGUCAUAAAUAUUUCACUCUUCAUUUAAAAAAAAUAAUUAAAUGUAAAGGGCUACUUCAAACAUAGUCAUUUCCGCCACCUGUUUAGCAACAAUUUGGCACUUUAUUUGGGUAGUCCAGUGAUGUAUGCCUGGCUUCUGCAGAGCCUUGGCCAUCAACAUUCAUUAGCCCAAGCAUCAGCUGACCAUACUCAACCAAUGACUGUCAUUCUGUGCAACAAAAGUUCUGGGCAAGCUGAUGACUCUCUAAUAAUGAUGUCAGAGGUGAAGUUACACCUCUAACAGUAGUGUUGUUACGAACAUGUGUUAAAAUGUAUCUAAUAAUUAUGAUAUGCGCUGUCAAGAGGGGUUGACAAACACGUUUGUUUAAAUAAAAGACCCUCAUUAAAUAAGCAAUCAACGUACCUAUUUUACAAAAUAACAUUCCAUCCAAAGUCCAUGAAGUUCAGCAGUUAACACAUGAUUGUGGCUGAUAGUUCACAUUAUGCCAGAGAUCAAAAAAUUCUAAAUAUAAUUAUUAAGAGGGGAACUUUUUAUUUUUAAUUUUUAUUUUUUUAAUUGAUCAGAUUUUAAAUUGCAAAGAAAGUGAAACUUGUAGCCUUAAGUUAUUCAUUGUAAUUCUAAUUUAAAAUAUUUCCAAUGUAUGCUUUGUUUUUCAGUUGAUUAUAUUUUAAAAGACCCAGAAGAGAAAGAAAGGCUGUUUAUUGCCAGCACACCUCCCAGUUACCCUAUUCGAGUAAUCCGUGCCCCAGUCCCUUGGCACACAUCCUGCAGAGAUGCCAAAAGCUGGACUGAAGAACACCUCUUCAUGGUGAAUCCAAUAAUGUUGUCUCUGCAAGAUCUCUGGCACCAACAGUAAGAGACUAUUGCAAAUGCUGAGAUGUAAACAUCAUAGAUAAAAUAAAGUGACAGCUGAAUAUAAUAACUAAAAGAUAGUUUAUAUAAAACACGCCUCGCAGUGUACAGCACAGAUUUUAUUGCUCUUUGUUUAUUAAAAAAAGUAUUUAGACAUAAACUGAAAAUAUUAAAAAAGUGCUGAUAGAUUAUUUAAUUAUGUCCAAGACAGUUGAAUGAGUACAGUUAUUUUAUUUUAUAUGCGUUAAAUGCUACUAAAGAGUACUCUCUUAUUAGAUUUUCUUCAUUGUGUAACACACAGGGAGGUAAUGAAGUACACACGAUAGGUAGACACUAUGUUUUGUUUGGUAUAUUUAAACAAGCUCCAGAUAUUAAAGCACUACAAUUCCCAUGAACCUUUGUCAGCAAGCAACAAAGCAAAUGGUUGUCAACCAUUCGUGGAAAUUGUGGUUUUUGUUUGUUUUCUUUCUUUCUUAUGUUUUUCUUAUGUCUUCACUGAAGAAAUACUGUUUCUGUAUCCCUCCAUUUUCUUAUAACGAGAUGUGAAAAUUAAUAGGAACCCAUCAGUUGUUCAUAAGAUGGCAUGUGUUUUGCUAACGAUUUGGAGUGGAUCGAUACUGGAAAAAAAAAGAUUUAUUCUCUUGAAACCAGCUUUGAUAAUGCUUUCAAGGAAAUCAAUAAUAAAAGAUGAUUUAGUGUUUAGAAACCUUUGAUUGUAUAGGUCUGACGUAUUAUUCAAAUCUGUGAGGGUACUGUAUUCCCAACAUGUUCAUGGACUUUAAACCAUUAAUUAUAAGGGUUCUUUUUGUUAAUAAUUGUUAUAUUCCCCGGUUUACCUUUCAUAAAAGAAACAACAAUGCUUACAAUUAUGUUCAAUUUAUAUAAAAUAAAUUUGAUAAAGUAAAAAACUACCAUUGGGGACAACCAUUAGUUUAUUUUGGCCACUUAGAGUCUUAAUUAAAUCUAUAUUCUGAUUGGCUAAAAUCAACAACCAAUCAAAACAAAGCGUAGUUUUUAAAUGUUUCAUGGUGUUCCCUGUUUAUCCCUGAGCAAAAAUAAACUGCAUGGAAUUUUUGCAGAGCUUGCCCUUAUGAGGUCCAUGAUGGUUGCUGUGUAUGGAUGAGCCAUUUAGCCACCAUCAGCUAAAUGGCCAAGGUUGCUCAGCUUACCCUGCAAACAAGGUGUCCAACUGUUUCAUUUGUUUUGUGUUAGACUAAAAUUCCUAUGUGUCACCACCAUCUCAGAGUGUCAAAUAAUUUCAAUGUGAUAGAAGGUAUAUCCAGUAGAUUAGAUGAUUUGUAGUCUGGUACACUGUUUCAACCCAGGCAUUUGGAAGAAAAUAUAAAUAAGAAAUGCUUCUAUCACUCUGUUUUGCUGGCUGGUAAGUCUUCUUUUAUGCUCAUAAUAUAGUAACCAAAGGUAAGAUGCAUUGUCACUUUAGUCCUUUAUCUGUAUCCACUGCUGAGAGCUAAAUGGAUUGAAACUGUUGACAGGACAUCUUUCAUCUGGUGAAACAAGUUUACCUGUUGGGCUUUUUUUUUUUUUAAUGACUCAGCCAUCAGCAUUAUUCAUAGCAACCUUUCAAUAUUAGGGAAAAAUUAGUUUUUAUUGUAUUUCUGUUCAAUUUGUAGAUUUGCUGGCUUGAGGUUUGUUCGAACAAAGGAUCUGCUCACUGGCAAUUUGCCUCUACUUCCCGCUGAAUUUGAAAAGCUGGUUCACAACCAUUGUCUGGAAGCACGUACCACAUUACGAAAUAAGUAUGUUGAUUUUAUACCUCAUUGAGCUGUAUUAGCAUUGUAUGUAUGUGCCUAAUGACACCGAUAAAGCCUUCAAUUACAUACAACACAAGUGCGCUAAUAUUGGCAUCUAUUAUUUGUGAUCGUUUAUCCUAUUGCUAGCUAGAAAUGGGAUACACGUCAUUGUUUUCCGAACGGCUAUCACAUUAACCUUCAAACACUGUUGGAUAUUUGAGAUUGAACAACACAUUACCACUGUUGCACUGUUGUAGGUAACCACAUAGACAUGUACACAAUGCAAAUACUUGACUAAACUUUAAGCCAUGGGCUUGUCUAAUGGAUUGACAAACCUUUAUAUAACUUCUUUGUAUAUAACAAGCUAAGCAUGGAAUAAGCAAAGGAAUCUCUUAACAACGAUAUCAAAUGCGAUUUCAGUAUUUAUAUAUUUAAAGCGACUCACACUUUUUUGGUUCUUUGGAUUGCAAAAUUUUGUCCAAAAUGCUUAAGGUGGAAAAAAGUCUCCAGUCUAUAUGGCUGCCUAGAACGUAAGCCUCCCCACCCUGUACCAAGGCUAGUCAUUAAUCAUUCACUUAUUCAAAGAAACGAGUAAUGGACAAGUAAAUAUAAUGUGAUAUUGCCUAAAACAAGCAAAGUAAGUGAUCUUCAUUAUCAUGUUCUAGAGAUACUUACUUAUAUUGUCAUGUUCUAUUAGAAUCAAAGUAAGUGUAAUCAACCAUGGCAAACAAAGAGAAGGAAGGGGUUGACUAGUGAUGUCAUUAAAUUUCAUUGAAUGAUGUGUCUUAUCGUGUGAGAUGCUUAAAAUCUGGAAAUGGCUAGUCUGUUGUAUCUAAUUUUUGUUUAAUGCAGGUGGAUACCAGCUUGCGCCUCUCUCUUUAUAAGUCAUAAGGAUAGAUGGAUGCAUUUAGUUCCCCAGAAUGACAACAAUUCUCUGGUCCGAGUGGAAGAAUUUUUUGCAUGCGUUUCGUCCUUGAUGUCUUUACAGCUACGUGAAAUGGUUAUGAAUUCUCUUCAAGACAUGCUUUCCUUUUUCAGUAUACACAAGGUAAUUAAACUGCAGGCUAUGCAUUAAGUACAGGAUCCGUUUCAGUGUUCUUGUUAUGGACAAACAUAACCAACAGAAUCAUUCCAGACAAAUGAAUAACACAGCCAGCCCUGUGAAUGUUCUGUUAAUGAAUAUAUAUUUUUCUCAACAAUCCAAAUAGGUUUUUUUUCUCUUACCAUUUGAUUACACCUCCAGAGUCCAUCAGAAAAAUGCCUCCACUAAUUGCCUUCUUACAUUUUCUGCACAUUGCCUGUUUUUUGGUUGGUUUCUAAAGAAAUCUCAAAAAUAAUUGGGAAGAAUGUCUAGUUUUUAUAUAGGGUCCUCUUUACUAAACAGUGCGUUGUAGUUUAGCAUAUAAAGCUCCUGUGUUUUUAUGUUUAAGAGAUCAAGAAAUGCCAGAGAUCUGUCUUAAAUCAAUGCAUCAUUGUACAAACUUCUUGCUCUCAUUAACACUAUUUGUUACAGUUUUAAUGCAAAGGUAUUUAAUGCAAACGUAUCUGUGACAUUUAAUGAAACUUGGGAUCUGACAAAGUAUCAUUCAGCGAAAAGUAUGGGUAUAAGUAUAUUAGUAGAGUAGAGCGGACACCUGGAUGUUUGGGUUCGGCCGAACCUUGAAAAAAAGUCCAGGUUCGGGCUCGAACUUGAACCCUAACCCCAUUGAAGUCCAUGGGGACCUGAACUUUUGGACACAAAAAUUGCUCUAAAAAACUCCUUGAAAGGGCUAGAUGGCUGCAAAAAGAAGUAAAAUGGGGGUAAGAGUAGGACAAGUGCCAUGCAAACAAAUGUGGAUAGGGAAAUCACUUAAAAUAACAUAAAAUACAUAAAAUAAGCAGCCAAUUAGUAGAUAACUCCCCAAUUCCCACGGUAUUAGCAAGCUAUCUACCAAAAGGCUGAGAGACCUAAAUUGGUCUUUCAGCCACAUUUACUAAUACUAAGUAAAGAUUACUUAGUAUUAGUAAAUUCAGCCCCUACUCAGCCAGUGGCUGCUCACUGUAAAAAAACAAAACCCCAAAAAAAACAUUGCCCCCACCCCUGUGCGACAGGUGGGGGCCCAAAAUAAGAAUGUGGAGGGGGGGACCUACGGUCCUUCCCCUUGGUCCCCACCCCUGAGAGGCGGGUGGGGGCCCUAAAUAACAAUAAGGGGGGGGACCUACUGUCCUCCCCCCCGGCCCCCACCCCUGAGCGGUGGGUUGGGGCCAUAAAUAAGAAUUUGGGGGGGACCUACUGUCCUCCCCCCAGCCCCCACCCCUGCGCAGCGGGUGGGGGCCCUAAAUAACAAUAGUGGGGACGACGACCUACUGUCCACCCCCCCCCCCAAGCAGUGGGGGCCAUAAAUAAGAAUUUGGGGGGACACCUGCUGUCCUCCCCCCGGCCCCCUCCCCUGCAUGGCGGGUAGGGGCCCUAAAUAACAAUAAGGGGGGACCUAAUGUCCUCCCACCCCUGAGUGGCAGGUGGUGGCCCUAAAUAAAACUGUAUCCCCCCAGGUGACUAGCGGUCCCCAAACCCCUAGUCACCUCCCUCCCCAAAAAUAAAUUACCCCUACCUACCCCCCUCAUCCUAAAAAUAAUGAGGGAGGAACCUUAUCUAAAUACCUGUUUAAAAAAACCAACAAAAAACCAGACUUGCCAUUUGAUGUCUUCUUUCUUCUAAACUCUUCUUUUUUCAGCCCCAAAAAAGGCCAAAUAAAAAUCCAUAAUAACCGACGCACUUUAAAAAAAAAAACGAGCGCCCAAAGAAAAUAAUCAAUUUUCCCCCAUUGAGGGCUCUGCGCAGACUGAGCUCUGCAGGGCAGGGGAAGGCUUAUAAAGCCUUGCCCCGCCCAGCAAUUAGGCUCAGAGCAAUCUGAUUGGUGGGUUUAAGCCAUCCAAUCAGAGUGCUCUGACAGGUAAAUAAAGAGACUGACAGGUAAGUCUACAUUUACCUGUCACAGCACUCUGAUUGGUUGGCUUGAAAUCCACCAAUCAGCGUGCUCUGUCAUUUUACACAGCGUGGGAAAGUUCUUUGGGGGCCAGGGGGAGGACAUUAGGUCCCCCCCUAAUUGUUAUUUAGGGCCCCCACCCGUUGCGCAGGGGUGGGGGCCGGGGGGUAGGACAGUAGGUUCCCCCCCCAAAUUCUUAUUUAUGGCCCCCACUCACCACUCAGGGGUGGGGGCUGGGGGGGGAGGACAGAAGGUCCCCCCCCUUAUUGUUAUUUAGGGCCCACACCCGCCGCUCAGGGGUGGGAGCCGGGGGGAGGACAGUAGGUCGUCCCCCCAAAUUCUUAAUUAUGGCCCCCACUCACCACUCAGGUGGGGGCUUGGUGGAGGACAUUAGAUCCCCCCCCCAAAUUUUUUAUUAAUGGCCUUCACCCACCGCUCAGGGGUGGGGACCGGGGGGGAGGACAGUAGGUCUCCCCCCCUUAUUGUUAUUUAGGGCCCCCACCCGCCACUCAGGGGUGGGGCCGUGGGGGGCAAUCGGUCCCCCCUUUAGUUUAAAAGGAGGGGGGAAUUAUUUACAUUCCCCUACUAGCUGGGUCACAUUAGUAGGCAUGGCUGUGAUGGCUUCUAAGGGCACACAAGUCAAACGCUUGUUGAUUGGCUGCCCUGCAGCCUUUCAAAACGAGUCAUUAAAUCGCCAAACACCGAACUCCAACCCGAACAUACAGUGAUAUAUCAGUGUUCUGGUCUGGGAUCCAAAAAACAUAAUGUUUGGUACAAAGCCAAACUUUUCAGUUCGGGUUCGCUCAACUCUAUAUAUUAGCUAAACUCCUGUAAAAAGUUGUAUUAAUAAAUUCAAUAGAUUAAGCUAAGCAUAGAAUAAGCAAAUUAAUUGCUUGACAACAAUAUCAAAUAGGUUUUAUAAUGGAUGAUGGAACAGAUUUAUGUCCAGUUCUAUAUUUCUAUUAAAGUAUCUGUGCAGAUUGCAUUGCCUUGAGUCCCUAGCCCUUUGGGACUUAGAAAAUGCCUUUAUGUAGUAAAUAUAUAUGUACUACUAUAAUAUUAUGAUUGAGAGAGUCUCAGUCCCUAAAUAUUAUGUAUGUUUGACAGGGGUUCUCUUUGUCAUGGUUCCCGGCAUCUCUGCCGGCGUGGCUGCACUCAAACUAAGUCAGAGAUGUUUCAAACUUACCUUGGGCUCGGCGGGCAGCUACCCAGUCUCCCUCUGUUCUCCAAUCCCCAGCGGCUGCGACGUUCCUAGGAUCGGGCUUUUAUAAGAAACUUACCUUCGCCCACAUCAAAGAUGGCGCCGACGUACAUGCGGCGUCAUGUCAUAGAUGCGUACGCAUGUUUUGGGGUCAGAGGUCAGAGACAGCCAAUUACAGCCUAAGGAGGGUUAUUUAAACCCAAAUUACCUUUGUGUCACUGCCCUGUCAUGGUUUCCACUAGCUGGUUAUCUGAGAGUGUGUUCCUGAUUGCGUUUUUCUGGUAUUUGACUUUGGCUUCGUUUUGACUUCCCGGAUUUUUGGUACCCUUGACUUCAGGUUUUCCCUCAUUGUUGUGUCUCAUUCUAUGUCCCUGACCUCGGCAAGUAUUUUGACUAUUCUGCAGUACAGUAAGUCCGGCCAUUCUAAGGUCCGGUUAGACGUUAUCCUUAGUCCUAGGUGUGAUACUAUUCUGUGUGCUGGAUCAACUAUAAUCCUGACACUCUUUAUGUAUCCAUCAUGUCAGUGCUAUUAUUAAUGUUAUUAUUACUGACAUUUAUAUAGUGCCAUACUAUUCUGCAGUGCUUUACAAUAUUAUAAAGGGGAAUGUUAACAAAAAAAUUAGACAAACUAUUACAAAUUUUGACAGGAACAAUAGGUUGAUGAGGGCCCUGUUCUAAUGAGCUUACAAUCUAGAGGUCUUGCUUUCCCUGAUAAUUCUUCAUCUGAGUUUGAAUGUAUCUCAGCUCACUAAUUAAAGUACUCUGUAUACACAUUUGUGUUUUGCAUAUUAUACUAUAACAGGGGUGGGGAACCUUUGGCCCUCCAGAUGUUUUGGACUACAUCUCCCUUGGUGCUUUGCCAGCAUUAUGGGUGUAAGAGCAUUAUGGGAGAUGUAGUCCAAAACAUCUGGAGGGAUGAAGGUUCCCCACCCCUGUACUAUAACGAUCUGUGUUUAAUACUGCACACAUAUGAAAUGAGUCAUUCUUAUGUUAAACAUGAAAUGCCUGGUGUGUUCUGAGAUACGGACUGUUACAGUCAUACUGUCACCUGAUAAUGGUAUUCAUGAAGGUAUUUUAUUGGUAUAUAGCACCCACUCACAUUCAGUUGGAAUAUGUACAGGAAACCCUGCGCUGAUGGUUACAGUCACAACUUAUCGCAUGAUCUUUAUCUUUAGCAGUGCCUAGCAGAGCCCGUAUCUGUUACUAUCAAGGUCAAUAAAGUUUCUAUUUAGUUUUGCAUCCAGAGUGCACCGGUUUUCUAUAUCACUGCCUUUCAUUAGCAUCUAAAGAAAUAGUGCAAUGCAUCCAUGCCAUCCUAACCCAUUACUCCCAGUACCAGGAUGUAAUGCCCAGUGGUGCUUUGUGGUUUUAUAUCCUUAAAGAUGAGAAAGCAAUGCCCUAGGUUUAGCUCAAGUUGCAGACCUUAACUACACCUCUCUCCUGAUUCCUCCAUUUCCUUCUCCUCCUGAAUGUUAUCUUUUAUGACAUAACAUUUUGUUUUUAGAGGACAAACAACAGAAAUAUUGUACAUUACUAUUAUUAUUAUUUUAUUAUAUAAAGCAACAACAAAUUCUGCAGUGAUAUACAAUAGAUGGACUAUCAAACAAACAGUAGCCUCGGGAUCAGGAGAGAGAAUGUAGGUUCCGACAUAAAUGUAGAGGAAGAUUGAAUUUAAGAACAUCAGUAUUCUGGCAUUUUCAUUACUACAAUCUGCAAGUGCUUUGUACAGCUAAUCUGCUGCCCGCAGGUGAUCUCUUCACAAAAUCUCCAAAAUCGAACAUCUAAAGAAUGAAGCAUUCUUCAAAAUAUCAAUCAAAUGCACAGUUUUGUAAUUACACUUAGUGAGACUUCAAUUAACUUAUAUUAUGGGGGGAAAAAGCAUCCCUGUUUUAUACACAGAGCUGCAAAAUAAAUAUAUAAUUUCUGAAGUACAUGUUUUGGUGACACCAUUAAGGAGACAAACAGUGCCCUAGAGCACUAUUUCCUAAUCCAGUUCUUAAGGCUCACCAAUGAUCCAGGUUUUGACAGUAUCCCUGCUGAAACAGAACUGGGAAAUAUCUGAACCCUACACUGAUGGUGUGCCUAAGGACAGGGUGGGGUACCACAACUUGAGAUUUGAUAAUGGUUGCAUAAGAAUUCCUGGGCAAAUUUGGCACACUCCUAGGUAGGGGAAGACAAAACCCUUAAAGGGACACAAUAGUCACCAAAACAACUUUAUCUUAAUGAAGCAGUUUUCAUGUAUAGUUCAGGCCCCAGCAGUCUCACUGCUCAAUUCUCUGCCAUUUGGGAGUUAGAUCCCUUUGUUUAUACAGCCCUAGGCACACCUCCCUGCACGUGACUAACACAGCCUUCCUAAACAGUUCCUAUAACGAGUCAUCUAAUGUUUACACUUUAUUGUAAAUUCUGUUUAAUUUAGAAUUUCGUAUCUCCUGCUCUGUUAAUAACUUUCUAGACUCUGCGGGAGCCUCCUGUGUGAAAUUAAAGUUCAAUUUACAGAGCAAAAGAUAUAAAAACAUUAAAGUAAGUUAUAUCUGAUGGAACGUGAAACCAUUUUAUCAUGCAGGCUGUGUGAGUCACAGCUAGGGAAGGUGUGUCUAGGGCUGCAUAAACAGAAACAAAAGAGAUUUAACACCUGUAUGGCAGAGAAUUAGGCUGUGUGACUUCAGGGGCAUGAAGUUUCAUUAAGCUAAAGUUGUUUUGGUGACUAUAGUUUCCCUUUAAAGUGAAAAACAUGUCCAUAAAGAAUAUCAUAGAUGUCUAACAUUUCAAGCUUAUUUGUAUUUUAUUUUGAACUGUGUGUAUUGUUUUUCUUUUUUUUAAUGUACAGGAUGGAAAUGAUUUUGGAGAUAUAUAUGAUGACAUGAAAUUUUUUAUUCCUCAAGUUCUUAUAAUCAAGCUAAAAACCGAAGAACCCAAAAUUGCAUUUGAUCCAAUUUUGGAGGAAUGUUGGAAUCUAAUAAAACGCUGUUUUUACAAAAUUAUACAGAGUGCAGAAGGAAUUCCAAAAGUAAGUUCUAACGAGUUAUUAAAGUUAAAUGUUGAACGGAUGAAUUGAUUAAAAUAGAAAGAAAUGCCCUUUUAACUGUGCUGGCAUUGGUUUUAAUUAUAAUUUUGGGCUGGUGAGCCAUUUUGGUACAGUUUAUAUAUAAUGCAAAUUGCAUAUAGUUUUAUACAAGAUAAUGGAUUUGCUUGGAAUAAAGUAAUUUUAUAUGCUUUAAUAUAGUUCAAUUAAUUCACAUUUUAUAUAUAUUUUUUUCCCCAUUAACUUGAAAACACUUGCUAAUCAACAUUAUAAUUUAGGCAGUAUAACAUUGUUAUAUUCUUGUAAACUAAAUACAGAGCUUAAAUUCCUAGAAAUAUUACAACAAAGAAAAGCAAUUGAAAAGUAUCCAUAUGUAUGAGUCUAGGAUAGACCUCAUGAGAUUUCAAAUGCAAUUUAAUUAGCUUGCUUGCCCUUUAACAUAGGUAGAAGGGAGCCUUUUUCCUGGACUUCAAGUGGAAAAUACAAACCUUAGGUCGGUCAAACAAGAGGAGUCUUUAGUUUCGGAAUUUAUCAGCCAAACACUGGAAAUAUUCAACAAGAACUUUGUUGGGCCACAGAAGUAAGUUUUGAUUUCUUGACAUAAAUUGUUACUUUUAAUCAAAAUUUGGGAACAAAAACCAAGAAAAUGCUUUAUUUUUUGGCAGUAGAGGAUAAAAAAACAUUUGUUGAAUUACUUUGUGAAACUGUGUUUUUUUCUUAUUUUUUUUAUUUCUUCGUUUUUUUUUAAAUACUAUUUUAACAGACAUAAUUAAUUAUUGUUAAAUGCAUGUGUCCCGAUACAGUGAAUAGAUAUAAUGGUAAUAGAUCUGUCAGGCUUAGCCUAGUUAAUUCAGGGGAAUUGGUCUUGUUGCUGAAGCAGGAUUUCAGAUGCUGGUAGAGUCUUUACAGGUGUUUGUUCUCAAAACUGGGAUUUGUUCGGAACUGACAAGAUAGUUGCAAAUUGUAAGCCAAAAUAGCUGAGCAGUGAAAACAACUUGGCGUUUGUUUAUUUGCAAAUUACCAAUUUUGGCCUAAAACCUGCGAUUUCCUUGUCACAGCUAUCAGCAGACUGGGAAGAGGCUAAUAGCGAGAAAUGCCUGGGGUCAAAGUCCAUCAGUAAUAUUAAAGUAUAGACUACCUAAACCAGGAAUGCUUUGCAAGCAAGAGAACAAGGGUCCUCCAUUUUGCUUACAGAGCUAGUAGGGAAUUUCUCACCCAUGAUGCAAGCACUACUCGAUCUCUAAAUUGUUGUUCACAUGGGUACUGUUGAGACACCUUUUCAGGUGUAGGUGGCUGCCCAAGUAGUGAGAGACAGAUUGCUAUCUGAGAAUUUUAUUUGAUGGAGCCUAGACUUGAGAUAGAGCCAGGGAUGGCAUUCAGGUGAGUAUCUGAGAUUUUGGGAGUGCAAAGUUUUAGUGGUGGACACUAAAAAGGAUAUUUUAGGCAAUCAAUGGAACACUAAUUUGGUUUGAUAUACCUCAGGUCAUAAAACUGUUCAAAGUAACUGGGGCCAUUUAAGGAGACUUUAAACCUUGGGUCACUGAGACAAAUCCAUUUUAUUUUAUACCAAUACAUUUUAAGAUAUGAGCAUAGUCUCACUCAUACACAUUCAUAUUCAUGUUGGCUUCAUCAGACUGAAUCUGGUUUCAGAGGAAAAUGUGUUCAGUCCACGUAUUUGUGUAUAUAUGGUAAGCAGGCAGUGAAAGAAUUCCCUAUAAUGGCUGGAUUCCGAAUUAAAUUUGUAAGGGCACCUAUCUAUGCUGAUGGCAUGAAUCUCAGUGGGACAGAAUGAUAUGCUCACAUUCUGAAAUGAAAAGAGUGAGAGGAUGGCUUUCAACUCAAAACACUAUACAGAACACUUUAAAUAUUCAACAUUGUAUGAAGUACAAUGUGUAUCCAUUAAAAUAAUCAUGCUGCUCUUUUAUGCAGCAUAAUUCUGGCCUAGAUGUGGAUAUAAUGUUUGUAUUAUUUAUUUUUGCCAUUUGUUGACUGCGUGAAUAAGCAGAAUUUAUCAAAUGUCUCUGAGUAGAAUGUAUAAAUGGUUUCUGUAAAUAAAAAUAAAAAAAAAACAAUGUUACUACAGUAAUAAGCUAUGUGUGUUAUGUGUGCUCUUUUCUAUCAGGUAUUUAAAUGUUUACAAGAAAUACAAUGACCUUUUAAAUAAGAAAGCUCAGCAGGAUGUUAACACGUUUCUACGGGAGGAACAUUCACUGCAGGCAUUUACCAAGGUAACGAGAAAUCAUUACGAUAUCAACAGCGAUUACAAGUACGGACCGUACAGUGUCUUUCUGACCUUAAUUGUGUUUACAUUCUGUUUAUGAUUCACAUGAACAACCCAUAAACAACAGCAUUUUAAUCCCUGGACCAUAUCAUAUUAUUAAAAUUACCAGCUUGAUGCAUUGUAAAGCAGGUUGGUUGUGAAAAGCUUAUUUAUUAAAUUUGUUACAUGCACCUUAUACCUAUCAACCGUACUAAGGCAAUUUGUGCCGUGCUCAUCUAGCCCAGCCGCUGGCCAAUUCAGUUUGACCUUACAGCUAAACUGAACGUGGUUGGUCAGCACUUAACCCUGGAAAAUGCAGACACCCCCAAAUGUCUCAACUCAAAAGCAAUGUGA